AUGUUGCCUGAGCCUUCCAAGGCUAAAGAUCUAGAGCAGCGCUUUCUAUUAGUUGGGCUGAAUGUUACAAAGGAGAAAUCUAUCACGCUUGCACUAGAUGUCAACAAUGUAUAUGUGGUGGGUUAUCUUGAUGAUAAAUAUCGAGCUCAUGUCUUUUUCGAUGCUUCUAAGAUUGCAAAGGAUUCUCUUUGGAAAGAUGCAAAAGAACGCUUACCUAUUAAGUACCCAAGUACCUAUGGAGGAAUAGAAGGGAAAGCUAAUCCUCGAUCAAAAGUUGAAUUGGGGAUUGAAAAGCUAAAAUUUGCCAUCCUUUCUGUCUUUGGGAAGCAACAGAUCAAGGAGAAUCUUGAGGCCAAACUUCUUCUACUUUCAGUCCAGAUGGUGUCGGAGGCCACACGGUUCAAAUAUAUUGAGAAAAUGGUACUCAAUAGUAUCGAACGAAAGGGAACAUACAAAUCUUUUUUCCCUAAUCCCUUAGUGAUUAGCUUGGAGAACAGUUGGCAAGACCUCUCUAAAGGUGUUCGAAAUUCCAAUAAAGGAGUCAUUUCCCCAGCAGUUCAAUUAAUAGAUCCCAACAAUAAACCCUUCAAAGUUGACAAAGUGCAAGCUGUAGCUCCCUACUUGAGCCUUAUGAAUUAUGAAGUCGAAAAACCGAUUGUGUCGGAUCAGCCAUCUCAAAACAUGGAAAUAGCAAUUGACACCAUCUUAUGA